AACCAUCAUGGCGCAUCGAGUGCGCCGAAGACAGCAAUUAGACCGCGUGGCUAAUGCAUGUGAACCGUGUAAGAAGAGAAAGACCAAAUGUUCUGGGAAGAACCCAUGCGAACCCUGUAUCGCUCGCCAGGUCGAAUGCAUCUUUCGAGAGGCUGAGAAGAAGAUUCUUGUCUCAGAAAGCUAUUUGAGAGAAUUACAGCAAAUAUAUGCAUCAAUGCAUAGCGGAUCUAACCAUGAUAGUACGCAUGAAGAACAGAGACCGGCUCCAGAAGCUGAUAUACCGUCAAGAGAUGUGACCACAGCCGCGGAAGAGCAAAUCACCAAUCCUCUAGUGUCUACAACGUCUUUCUACCUCAGAGAGACUUCGGGAUAUUAUCGCUUUUGUGGUCCAUCAUCAACUUGGUCGUUUUCCCAGCGCAUCUUCCUACUACUGAAAAACGAACUCCCUGGUUUCCCUGCCCCAGAUCUUCCGUUUCAUAUCGAUGGAAGUACGUGGGAGUUGAAGUGGAGCCGGGCCAGCCUAGACAACAUUUCGAUGCUGGAAGGGCUUCCUUCUCUAAGUGAUUCUCUCUACCUUCUCAAUGUCGUCAAAUUCCACUGUUAUCAUAUGCUAUUCCUAUACGAUGAGGAUGAAUUCAUACCUCACUUGCAUGAGCUCUACGAAAAGGGAGUUGAAAAAGCCAAAGCAAUGCCUUUGUGGUUCGUUCAAUAUCUGCUGAUCAUUGCUGUUGCAAAAGCUCUUCUAGCAGCGUCAAGGGGCCCAAGGUCACCCCCAGGGGCGGCGUUCUUCGAGCGUGCAAUGUCACUUAUGCCUGACUUCGUGGAAAUACACCGACACCCUAAUUUAGGAAUGCAAGUCUCGUACCUGGCAGGCUUUUAUUUGAUCUCAGUGGAUAUGAAAGAUGCCGCAUAUGCUUAUAUAGGACAAGCCCUGCGGAUGUGCAUGAUCGAAGGCCUAUAUAGAGAUCCCCCAAAUGAUAUUUUCGGGAUCAAAUUCGCAAACCAAUGCCGAAACAUCUGGUGGACGACGUAUAUAUUAGAGCGUCAGAUUUCGGCCAUGAUUGGGGCCCCGUGCUCUGUUCAAGAUGCCGAAGUCACUUGCUCCCUGCCUGUAUCCUAUGACAAUUCGGAAAUGGCUCUUGUUCUAACGAUGCAUGCUAAACUGUCACGGAUUUUGGGUGACAUUCUAAAUUCUGUGUAUACAGCGGACAAUCGACGGAGACGAUCCUUUAUAUCCACAGUGCAAUCGGUUCUUAGAGAUAUGGCUCAUAUUCUCCGGGAUAUUGAGGACAUCUUUGCAGACACGGCACAUCCUUCGCUUCGUACCCUCUCAACCACGUCUAGCCAUCUGUAUCUAAGGUAUCAUCAAUGUAUUAUUCUAGCAACGCGUCCGUUAUUUCUUUACCUCUUGAUAAACAGGUUGAAGAAAUCGCCCCAUUCACGAGAAGACGAUGAUACAUCCAUUCCAUCCCAACUCAGACCACUGCUGGAAGCUUCGGUACAGUCCGCGAAGAUAUCGAUCCGGACAUUAUCCUUGCUUCAUGAGCAGUCGUCUCUCGAGCCAUUUCUUCCUUUCGACCUCGACAGCCUCUUUUCUGCCGCAUUUAUUAUCAUACUUGCAGGUUUUAUCGACGUUUGCUUGAUUCCAGACUUGCCAAGCUAUAUUACUGCAAUUUCACGGAUGCUGAAUGAGUUCAUAGCCAAGGGAAACAUGGCGGCUCAGAUGCGCAAGAAAGAACUGGAUCUUCUUCAACAUAUGACGCAGCAAAUUCUUGUCAACGAGGGAAGUAAAAAGGAUGGUGGCGGAGAGAACGUAAACAGCGACCUUGGUCAAGAGAUCACUGCCGAUUUGGAUGGCGAGGAGUGGCUUCUGGCCGACGAGGAUAUCGGCAUGAGUUAUACGCAGGUGUUAAGUCUAGCCCAGCAGUUGGAUACCGUCGAUGGCAGCGUAU